GGGGCGGAGUCCUCCCACUCGGGCAGGCCCGGAAGGCGGCUUGGCGGGUCUCAGUGUGUUUCCGGCGGAGCUAGUGGCUCUCCUACCCUGCGGGGGUGUUUGGGCCGCUGUCCUGCCUCCUCUCCUGCCUCUUCUGGGAAGAUGUUCUACCAUAUCUCCCUGGAGCACGAGAUCCUGCUGCACCCGCGCUACUUUGGCCCCAACCUGCUCAACACGGUGAAGCAGAAGCUCUUCACCGAGGUGGAGGGGACCUGCACCGGCAAGUAUGGCUUUGUAAUUGCAGUUACCACCAUUGACAAUAUUGGUGCUGGUGUGAUCCAGCCCGGCCGAGGCUUUGUCCUUUAUCCUGUUAAGUACAAGGCCAUUGUUUUCCGGCCCUUUAAAGGAGAGGUCGUGGAUGCGGUUGUCACUCAGGUCAACAAGGUUGGACUCUUCACAGAAAUUGGCCCUAUGUCCUGCUUCAUCUCUCGACAUUCCAUCCCAUCAGAGAUGGAGUUUGAUCCUAACUCCAACCCACCGUGUUACAAGACAAUGGAUGAGGACAUCGUGAUUCAGCAGGAUGACGAGAUCCGACUGAAGAUUGUGGGGACCCGUGUGGACAAGAAUGACAUUUUUGCUAUUGGCUCCCUGAUGGACGAUUACUUGGGGCUUGUGAGCUGAGCAUGGGGCCUCCUACCUUGUUUGGUCCUAGGAGAUGUGACUGUCACGCUUCCCAUGUUAUCCAGAGGCACAGUCUGGCUGCUGUGGUGGAGGCAAGGAAGGUUCCUGUACCCAGAAGACAUCGGGCUCUUCUUGGGGCUUCGGAGCCACUCCCAAAUUUUUACUGUGUGUCCUAACUAUAAAACGUCCUUGGUUCUCAUGGAA